UCGGCUCAGAACAGGGGGAGGGUCGGCAACCACCGAUUAGUGCUGAUGGAGGUGCUGUCUGUCGGCAAUACGAGAGUCUAUUUCAUUCAAUAAAAAGGAUGCCUGCUUGUAUCUCUUUGAGGCUCCUUCCCUCGUGAUAAUCCUUCUAACUGUGGGGUUUUGCCGGAACCAGAUUGACUGACCAACGUCAAUCAUGACUUUGUCAUUCGACCUGAUUGACCUUGCCAAGCACCAUGGCUUCUUCCUUGCUCUGGCCGGUGUCAGUGCUCAUCUUCUCUAUUGGAUUCGUGGAGAGCGCAACAAUAAAGAGGUCCGUGCCUGGUUACUGACGCAUGCUGUUGUGAAUAUCGCCAUCCUGGGUUUUAUCCUUCUGAAUCCCCCAGCGCAGCAGUCGCCAUGGAGUAUCAGCGCAUGGGGCCGUGGACUCGCCGCGGUAUCUCUACUGAACCUCUGCUUCUACGGCCCCUUGUUCGCAUCGGUCUCAGUUUACAGGCUGUUCUUCCACCGUCUUCGUCGAUUCCCGGGCCCAGUGGCACUGAAGCUAUCGAAGCUGACCGCCGCGUACGCCAACGUCGGAAAGGAGCGGGACUUUGAACGCAUCUGGGAUCUUCACAAGCAGUACGGCGACAUCGUUCGAACCGGACCCCAGGAGCUCAGCGUCUUGUCCGCCGACGCAAUCGAGGCCAUCUACGGCGCUUCGAGUCGGUGUACCCGCGCCACCUGGUACGAUCGCCUGAAGGCCUCCGGGGAUUUCUCAGAGGACUUUGCGACGUUCCAUAUUCGGGAUCCGGUGGCUCAUGGGAAGCGUAGAAAGGCGCUCUGGGAUAAGGCUUUCAAUAUUCGCGCGCUUAAGUCUUAUCAACCUGUGGUCGUCCGGACGACGGAGAGGUUUCUCGAUGCUCUGCAGGAGCGCGUUGGCCAAGUAGUCUCCGGCCCGGAUACGAUGCAGCUGCUGAGCUACGAUCUCAUGGGGCUCGUUGGGUGGGGGUAUUCGUUCGAGAACAUCGAGAAUUGGAGGCUCAAUCCGGCCCUACACUUCGUCAGGCAGGUGACCUCCGGCCAGCGGAUCAUCUCGCAGGCGCCGUGGCUAAUGAGCCUGUUGGUCAAUUUGCCCGGAAUGGAUGCGCCGAUGCACCGCUACGGCAACUGGAUCGAGGCGCGGAUCCGCGAGAAGAUGCAGCUGCUGCAGGGGCCAGAGCGUGAGACUGCGGACGCGAUGGGUAAGAUGAUCCCGGCGAUGGUGACUCUGUCGGAGUCGGCGUUGUAUAGUGAGGGAGAGCUCAUGGUUAUUGCUGGAGGGGACACCACGGCCACCACCCUGGCGACGGUGAUCUUCUACCUUGCGCGCAACCCUUCUAUUCAGCACAAGCUCCAAGCCGAGCUCGAUGAAGCUGCACAGCGCCUUCGACAGCAAGGUGACGAUGAAGCGACUGACUCGAGCCCUGAAGCGUCAUACUACCGCUCCAUCUCUUCUCUUCCUUACCUGCGGGCCUGCAUCAAUGAAGCGCUACGCCUGAUGCCCCCCGUGCCCGGCGAGAUCCCCCGAAAAACACCCUUGGAGGGCAUUCACAUCCCCUUACCCACCCCUACUACACCUUCGUCUACCUCGGUGGCAACACCAAGCACUAUCUUCAUCCCCGGCGACACGAUCAUCAGCGUUCCAGUCCUCCCCGUUCAGCGUGACUCUCGGAACUACGUUCAUCCCGACGAUUUCAUCCCCGAGCGCUGGACAGAUGAGAAGCCCGAAUUGACACUGAACAGGUCCGCGUUCAUGCCCUUCGCGGCUGGUGCGUAUACUUGUGCGGGAAGAGCAUUAGCAUAUAUUGAGAUGCGGAUUGUGUUGGCCAAGUUGUUUGAGAGGUUCCAGGUCAGGCUCGCGGACGGAGAGGAUGGGAGGCGGUUUUUGGAGGAGACGAAGGACUGCCAUGUUGUGCAUCUGGGAGAUUUUGAGGUGGUUUAUGAGAGGAGAGGAUAGAAAACAUUGCUGUUACUGUUGAUAUGGGUCACAAAAGCGCUUCCCCGACAAGAGACGGCGUUGUAUAUCGGGCUUCUGAGAAAUUCUUUGUGCUGGUGCAGGGCCUUUGGGUCACUCUUUGAAACCACACAAGUGCUCUCCCAUACUUGUGAACGUGAUGCUUUUUUCUAUCAAGUGCUGGUACUUGAGAGAGUAGAGUAUAUAUCACUGCAGUUCUCGAGACACUUUCGGGGAAAGUUCACAAUACGUGAUGAUACGGGUGGAUCACCUGGGAAGAGAUUAGAACACGACUCUCCCUUGGGACAUGAUGAGGGAUCUCGAUUGGCAGCUUAUUGGGCCUGGUUGAGUUUAUAGGUUGAGUCCGAUCGCCCUACCAAUUCUGGUUUCACAAACCCUGGCCGCGUAUUACCGCCAUAUCUUUCUUGUCUACAUGUGAUUCAUCAUACUUCAAUACUUCAACUGCCC